CCUCUGAUUUUGUUGUUUCUAUUGGCGCUUGCCCAUCAAGUUGAACAGUGAGAAUGCGAUGGGUGCCACACUCGGGUCUAUCUUUCUUCCGUGGUGUGAACUCUGGAAUUUGAAUGUGAUGGCUGCCCAUUUUGGUUCCUAGCUUAGCCACAUCUAUCAACCCAUUUACCUGUGUACGGUGCUACUAAAUUAGUCAUCCAUAUUGAUAUUGAAGAAUCAGGCUCAUCGUUUGGAGGGGACUGAUUUACCCACAACAUUUCAACAUGACCCAAGUAACAGGUAGCACACUGGAGUGUCACAACUACAGAUGAAGACAUACAGGACACCACCAACACAGAAAGCUAAGGAAGUGCUGUUUUGUUACAGGCUGACGGCAGUAUCAGCAUCGAAGUGAUCGGAUCAUCUUAAAUCAGGUCGAAAACAUUUCUAUUGCAGCAGUAUCAUCAGUAUAGCACACUCCAGGUGUCCACCUGCCUUGAGAAAUACUAUCUGGACAGAAGCUGGUUUGUUCUCUGAAAAAAAUAAAAAAAACGUAACAGAUGUUAUUUUUUCUUGAGUGCAGAGCAGCGAUGCGGCGAAGGUCGCCUCCUCCUGCGCCAGCGCUUGCCGACGACCAGUAACCCUACAGCUGCCUCCGCCACGCCAUGGCCGGAUUGAACCACUCUGUCCGGCAUAGGAAGUGAAAGGAGCCACCCCCAAAUCGAAAUUCCUAUUCCUGUCCCGUGAUGCCACAAUGAUGUCCGUUCCGUAAGGUUGAAGACGAAUCCAAGACGAAUCGGGCUCUCGGUGGAAACAAAUUGAUCAGCCCCCCCACCCACAAAUCGAAAUUCCUAUUCCUGUCCCGACCCAACUCGCCGCCGCCGCCAAGCAACCCUCCAACGCUCCGCCCCCUCGCGUGGCGAUGGCGUCCACGGGGAAGCGACUCCGCCGUGGACCAGGGGCAACACCGGGGAUUCCUCUUUCGUCUCACGCCGCCCACUGCCCCACGGAGGACCUAGGCGGUCUCCAUCAUCAGCUGGAGGAGGUCAAACUCGGCCCCCAUGGCAAUGGCAAGCCGCCGCGCACGCUCACCGAUGAGUCCCUGUGAGAUUGCCUUGAACCUCAAGUUCCGCCCAGGUGACAAUGACCACAUUGGCCGGGCGAUUGACUGUAAGCCCAACCGCGACAGGAAGAUAAACUGCCCAGGAAGGGACUACACCGAGAGCGAGGUACAGGACAUAGAGAUUGAAUAUAUGGACUGGUACUGCGAGCGGAUGGGAGUCUACGCGGCAGCCCGUGACAAGAUUAUUGCCCGGGAAGACUACGACACUCCUUUCCCUCCUUUUCCUCUCAAAGUGUUCCCUCCCGCAACAACUGCAUGCUUCGUGGAUGAAUGCUGCUGCUACCACACAGUGUUUACAACACCCAGGAUACUUCUACCACUUCAUCAACUCUUGGAUAUCGUACGCCACAACGUAUGCUGCAGUUCUUCUCUCUGUGUUUGUCAAGCUCUGAGCCCUCAUAUCCCAUUAGUGUGUAUGGAAUACUUGCCGUUCGGGAUUACUUGGACAGGCGACGGAAUUAUGUCUUCAACUGUCCUAGAUAUGCUGCUGUCGAGAUGGGGAACCAGAUGUAUCUACUAGUAGAUACAAAUCCACGUCACUUAUUUCGGGACGGAGGAAGUACUUCGUAAGUUUAUACGGUCUUUUGGUUAAUAUAGAUUAUAAAUCGGUGAUCGGUCAUCCACGUAAGUGUCAUCUAUUGAGGUAUUUUGGGCAGCAAUAUCUUAUUUUUGGAUUAUUAUUUUUGUUGAACACAAAGUAAUAUAAGUAUAUAUAUAUAAAGUAAUCCAAUGAGCUUUGUCAUAGUUAUGAUAUGAUUUUUUGCCGUGUAAACUCCGCCACGCCUUAAAAUUUAUUCUAGGUCCGCCACAAAUUUGAGUCCCUUAAUAUUGGACGGAGAGAGUAUAUUGCAUGGAUAUGGAUAAUCCAUGAAUACUCAGAUACCCGAUGGAUAUGGAUGUAGAUAUUGUUUUGCAUCCACGGAUAUUUUCGUGGAUAGAUAGUUGGCCUGGCGAUGGAUAUGGAUAUGGAUAUGGAUUUGGUCGACCCGUCCAGACCCGUCCCGUUGCCAUCCUGACUUGGAGAAGAGUUAAGAAAUAUUAUACAAACUCCUGUAGCUCUUCCUACUCUAUUGACCACGUAAAAUAUGUGAUGCAUAUUAUAUAUAUUUCAUUUUUUUUCUCUAAAAGACAAGCUAAUGCUGGUCCAAGCACAUCAGCUAUAAAAGAAACCUCUUCCAAUAUGUUGAUAUCCUACUUCCCUCGAGCAAAACUGAAUGGUCUAAAUAACCUUUUGUAAAGAAUUUCAGUUCAUUGAUGGUUCGAUAUCCCUUGUGCUUGACCCAGAAACAUACAUUGCAUUCUUAUUUUAGUACUUACACUUGCCCAUUACUUCCUCCGUCCCUAAUUAAUUGGUGCCGGGUUUUUUGCACCGAAAUAAACCUGCAUUCCACCUUUUAUUGGAACUUUUGCGAAAAACGCCUUGUAAAUUUUCAAAAUUAACGCACAGUCCAUAUUUAAUUGAAGAUGUGGACUGUAGGUUUAUUUCGGAAAUUUACAGGGUUUCUUUGAAAAAGGCCGGCGCCAAUUUAUUAGGGAUAGAGGGAGUACUAUAUUACCUAAAAGGGGAUGACUUGUAUAAAUCUACACGUUCCUACUGGACUGUACAUAAAUAUAUCAGUAGAUGAAUUAACACCGGUAGGUAGCAGCAAAUCAGGACUCACUUGCCUUGCUUGAAUUACCAUGUCUUCUUGUAUCAGAGCAUCCUCAUGCAGCUCCAGGAAUGAAAUCUCCAUUCUUAAACCUCCAAAUUUUGCCUCUUUUAAGAAAUUACAAAGAGAGUAUUCUGUGUGCAUGCGUUCCUGAAAAUUGUUGCCACUGUAUUAAAUUCUUAUCAACAUAAGCACUGCAGAUAAAUCAUUUAUUAGUCGAACACAGUUUCUGUAUAAGAAAGUGGUCAUAUUCAAGCUUGAUCACGGUAACUUAAUCGGAACUUGUUUCCGUUGCCUCGGGCUUGGAGAUCAUGGAAAAUGGGAAAAGCAACAGAAUUUGUGGACUUUUCGGUUGUUGAGGGUUGCACACUUCAUGAAGCUGUUCGGUGUAUUAAUGUCGCACAAUUUUGUAUUUAAGACCGUCCGGAUGACAGACCACUUAUGUCUCAGUUGUCUUUAUGUUAGAUAACGAAAGCGCACCACCAAAACAAGUCGUAUGCUCUGAUCUGUAGAAUUGCAAAGCUAACAAGUAAGAUUUUCUUCAGUUUCUCUUCCGCUGUUGGGCAUUAGAUUCAUGAUUUCCAAAAGACAUGACCAGUGGCGGACAUUGUUGAUCAGUUCGAAGAAGGGCUGACACCAGUGGGGGUAACCUUCAGUGCAAUCUUACGCUUCAUUUCAUAGUGAACUUUGAAGAUGCUACAAGAAAAUCUACGCUUGAUUGGCCGACAAGGUUCAAAAUAAUUAAUGGGGUCGCAAAAAGGAUUUUUAUCUCCACCAUGAUUCAAGAUUAAGGAUAAUUCACAAAAAUCUCAAAGCGAGCAACAUCUUGUUGGAUUCAGAAAUGAAUCCGAAAAUAUCAGAUUUCGGUACCACAAAAUCUUUGGUGUAAACCAGCAAGAAGCAAACACAAAGCGAAUUGUUGGGACAUAGUAAGUAACUAAUGUACUAGUCAGCCCUUAACACUCCCGUAGUCCAGUUUUCGUGAUCUAGUUUAAUUCAAUUUUUGCACUCCUUGCUCUUCGAUGAGCUAAGAUUCCUGAUAAUAAAUUAUCUCGAAUAUAAAUGAUAGUGAUCACUCUUAAGUUGUGAAAGUCCAUGUUGCCCCAUGUGUGGUUUUGGUAAUUAAUGGCAAUUCCUAUGGACUAAUGUUUUAUUUAAGAUUUAUUUGAAGGAAUGUUAGGAAUGUUUCAUAGGCAAUGCAUGAAGAUCACUUGGUGAAUUCAAUGAAGUGUCAUAAAGAUAAAGAUAUGCAAAGUACAUGGAAUCGAAGGUGAAGAUGAAAGUGAAGUUCAUAUGGAGAGAGGUAAGAUCAAGGAAAGACUCCCUCUCUUGGAGUGUGGCGGCAUGCCUCGGCAAGUCGGGUCCGAUCUAGGGCGGAGGGCAUGGAGAGCUCACCUCAGAGCCUAAGAUCGACUAGGAACCUUGGAUUGGCCUGGGCCUUAUUGGUUCGUGUUAAAUUGGGCGCCCAUCAACCGCUCUUUCAUCAAAUUUGGGCCUUUCUCUCGGCUCCUUUUCCGUAUCGGGCCUUUAUCGGACAUGUGUGAAGUGCUACUCCCUCCUUCCUAUUUUAAGUGACUUUGUAUUACAUGUAUCUAGACGUUUUUUAGGUAUAGAUACAUUCAUAUUUGGACAAAUUUGAGUCACUUACAUGUAUCUAGACGUUUUUUAGGUAUAGAUACAUUCAUAUUUAGACAAAUUUAAGGCACGGAGGGAGUAUUUUUUUUCCUGGACUCUCACUCCUCUCUGGGAGCGUUUCUGCUACCGGCUACAAAGGAGUUUCCGGCAGAUCAAUUCAUGAGCAAGACAAUGGCUUUGCGAUGCACGGUGGGAGAAACCAGGACAUGGCUAUAUGCUAGAGGAGAUCGAUGUUUGGCCAUUUGAGUUUCAGGUCUGGUUGCUAUCAGUUGAUCAAGAAUUCAAGAUGCCCUCAAAGAAAAGAAAAGAAAAAACAGUUGAUCAAGAGACCAUGUCAAGUUGGUAUCUUUCACUUCAAGAAAAGUUGGUAUCUUUUUGUCCUAAACUGGUAUAGGGAUCAUUGUCAAUGAAAUCCGAUCAGUACCAAUUGCUGACAAGAA